UGUAUAUUAAUAUAUUAAUAAUAAUAUUAAUUGCCUGCUCACAAAGCGAUAAGAAGUAUUUGAUUUAAUCGAAUAAAAAACCCAAAAACCAAGCGCCAAAGGGAGGGCAUCGGAUGCUCCCCCCACAAUCAAUUGUUUCGGAAUUGUUUUUCAUAAAAAACGUGGCCGUAUUUUAAUGCUCAAUGAACAGAAAGAUUCAGUCAGCUGCCCAGAAUGCACGCAAAUUUCAUCUGGGCUCUCAGAAUAAUAUAUCUGCUGUGCCCGAUCCUGUUCCUGGCACAGCUCUCGGCCCAAGACACCGAUGUGCCCUUCAAUCCUGAAAAUAUGGACAACAGCUCGGUACCGGCCACCCCAAAAUCUCUUCGCAUUCCAAAUUGGCCAGCACAAUUAGGCACUACAAAAACUGAAGUUAAGAUCGGCACUAGAAUUAACGAGGAACACGGUAAUUCGAAAUGGCACCCAGACAGUCCGGCGCAGUCCCUGCACAAUCGCAGAUUGGACUCGAAACAACCUCGAAUCGCUUAUCAAAAAGUAGAAAACAACAGGUUUUUGUGAUGGAAUUUAAAUGUAUCUGAGCGCCAGCAGAUAGGGAACAAGUUCUGAUGGCUAAAUCUCACAGUUCAACAUCAAGGUCAUAGCACAACAUGCACUAAUGAAAAUGUAUGCAUUAAACUCGCUUCAUAACAUUAAAAUAUAAAAUCUAAAGGGCUCA